AUGAGUUUAAAUUAUUCUGCAAAUAAUAUAUUUGUUCGUCCAGAAAUGUUUUAUAUAAGAGGUUUACGUGACAUGUCCUUUGCUAAUUGUUUUUAUAUUUUUUUAUUUAUUGUGUAUAUUUUUGCAGUGUUUUCAAAUGUAUUUGUUAUUAUGUUAAUAAAUUUAGAUCAAAGUCUUCACAAUCCAAAAUAUCUUGCUGUUGUUCACUUGGCCUUAGUCGAUUUAGGCACAACUACAGCUGUCAUCCCUAAAGUAAUAGAAAUGUUUCUUUUUAACUCCAGUUUUAUUUCAUAUGAAGCGUGUUUAGCUAUGUUUUUUGUUCAUUUCUUUAACUCAAUGCAGUCACUUUCACUGGUAAUAUUAGCUUAUGACCGCUUUCUUGCCAUAUGCUUCCCUCUUCAAUAUCACAGCAUUAAUACUAACAGCAGGAUGGUAGGACUCAUAGUGUCACUCUGGAUGUUUGCUGCAGUCAGUUUAUCCAUUACUGUGCUUCUAAUCACAAGACUCAGCUUCUGCAAGUCGACUGUGAUAAACAGUUAUUUUUGUGAUCAUGGACCUGUGUAUAGAUUAGCCUGCAACGAUUCUUACCCAAACCUAAUAGCUGGAUGGCUCGAUACAGCAUUGUUUCUUUUUACACCACUAGGCCUUAUUCUCUGUUCUUACAUACUUAUUGGGGUUGCGCUGUUAAAAAUUGCAUCAACUGAUGGAAGGCAGAAAGCAUUAAAAACCUGUAUUUCACACAUCAUCUUGGUUAUCAUAUUUUAUGUUCCCUUGGCAAUUACAUACGUUACAGCACAAUUUGUUGAUUCCAAUAUAAGGAUUCUUAAUAACUCUCUGUCUGCUACAAUUCCAUCAAUGAUGAACCCCAUUAUUUACACACUAAAAACUGAUGAGAUGAAGGCAGCUAUAAAGAAACUUUACAAAAGGAUAAGUAGGGGAAGGGAAAGUAAAGUAAUCAAUAUCAAGUUUCCAGUGAAGUAA